GCUCUGUGUUGACACCCCCCAUGUGGUUUUGACAGCAUGCAAAAACUGUAUUGUAAGAGGCGUGGCCAAAUGCAUUUUUACAGUGGCGCUCCAAACUAGCUGAACAAAACAGCGUAGCCAUCUUGAAGCCAGAGAGCACAGAACCCAGAUGCACUCCAUCUGGGAAUUAGUCUAAAUGUAUGGUUAAAAUCCUGUCGCUACCCAUAAUUUCAUCAUCGAAUAUAUAGCAUAGAGUAAUUCCACAAUCAGUUGGCUAGAAUUUGAUCGCAAAUACGCGUCAUACAACAUGUACUAUCGAGUUUAUUUUCUCCCCACUAGCUCUUGUUAUUCAGUGUUGUUUCAGCCCUUACAUCCUCCGUAAUGUCAGUCAGGAGCCAUUUGUCCCGCCCUUUAUCACCGGGAAACGACCAAUCACCGCACUUUGGAAUCUCUGUUGGGUGACGUUGCAUGUAUUUUGCGCCUGCGCGCGUCACUUUCGACGCUCCAUAGCUUGCAGUAGUGUGAAGAUGGCGGCAGGCUCCGAUUUGCUAGAUGAGGUUUUCUUUAACGCUGAGGUGGACGAGAAAGUAGUUUGUGAUCUUGUGGGGUCUCUUGAGUCCGAGCUUUCGGGUCACGAGAGCCCUGAGGCAAGUAGCCAGACAGUCGCUAAACACAUGGCCAGUUCCGGGACAGGGUUUAAUGCUAAUGUCCAGCAGAACAAACGGGGACUUGCUCAAGAGGUUGCAAAAGCAGGGGCUGGAGUGCAAGGGGGUGUCAUUAUUAGUAAUACGAGGUCCCAGGGUUCAGCUAUGGAUGCCUCAUCGAGUGAGUCGGACUCAUCGGCAGGACACCGCCAAGGAAAGACUGUUGCUGUCAGUGCCAGUAUAAUAACUCCUCUCCCAAACCACGGAGGGAAAGUAGCCUCUUCCGCAACUCAAACUUUGAAUGGAGGCAGUUUAAUGAACUGUCACAAUUCAGGAAGCGCUGUCUCUCUCACUGGGACACCGCUGUCAAAUAGUUGCACGAGUAGCGGCAAUGCCUCGGUAGCUGUCACAGUUGUCAACAACGGGCCGGGGUUGUCAAAAGGACAUGCGAGCGCAGUAAUGCCACCUUCAUUGAACACCACUAUCUUCCAGACAUCAUUCGUGAACUCUCAGAAUGUUGUCACCUCGUCUCACGCUGCGAGUCUGGGCACUGGACCUGCCAUAUCACAUAUUGUGAGGCCAUCUAUGCAAACUGCGGGAUCGGGUACAGCGAUGAAUGGUCCUAAUGCGGGAUUGCCUUUCGAUUGCCUGAACAAUGGUCAGUCGCCCACCUCUGUGGCUGCCAGUGCGGGGUCGCACAUCAUCAUGGCAGAGGCGCCCAAAACAAUCAUACAGAAUGCUCCUUGUGCUGUAACGAACCCGUCGUUCCAGAGCGUACCAAGGGCUUCCACUCCGGUGACAGUGGCUGCGAGCCCGGGAGGGAGCCGUUCUAUCGCGCAACAGGUGUUGGCGCCUCGUCACCCCCAGACAUCCCCGAACCAGCCCAACGUUCAGAACAUCCAGCUUCCCCCAGGUAUGGUCCUGGUGCGUAGUGAGAGUGGGCAGCUGUUGAUGAUCCACCAGCAGACCCUGGCUCAGAUGCAGUCCCAGUCCCAAUCCCAGGGAGUCAUGGCCCCCCGCCCAGCCACCCCCACCAGCACUCCUCCUUUCCAGAUCACCUCAGUCCAGGCUCCUGGAACGCCCAUCCUCACUAGGCAGGUGACUCCCACCACUAUCAUCAAGCAGGGCUCGCCUGUGCCAACCUCUGCUCCUGUCACCACCACACUCCAGAAGCCUCCUGUCACCACCACACUCCAGAGGCCUCCUGUCCUACAGAGUCCCAUGAUUGUGGUAGGGGCUGCUGCAGGCACCUCUAUGGGGACAGCGCUACCAGGGGCCACCCAGAGGACCGUCACCGCAUCACCCGGGACCACUGUCACCUUGGCAACGGAGACGAUGGAGAAUGUGAAGAAAUGCAAGAACUUCCUGUCUACAUUAAUCAAGCUGGCGUCCAGCGGGAAGCAAUCCUCAGAGACUGCCGCCAACGUUAAAGACCUGGUCAAAGAUCUCCUGGAAGGGAAGAUUGAAGUGGAGGACUUCACCAACAGGUUAUACAGAGAGCUCAACUCCUCACCUCAGCCUUACCUCGUGCCUUUCCUCAAGAGGAGCCUUCCUGCCCUGCGGCAGCUCACCCCAGACUCAGCAGCCUUCAUCCAGCACAGUGGACUCCAGCAGCAGGCCUCUGCCACCACCCCCACCAUGGUGGUACUGGACAGCCCAGCCCUGCGCCCUGUAGCCCCAACCAUCAGACCACACCUCAUCAGCAAACAGGGGCUGACUACCCCAAUGGUGCUCCAGUCUCAGCAGCAGGGGGCAAUGGUAAGGCCUCUUCAGGUGACCCCCAUGGUGACCCUCAGAGGUCCGCCCCCCCACAGUCACAUCAUGAUGGGACAGCCACAGGUGCAGCUCAAACAGCUACAGACAGUCCCUGUGGUGAAGCCUGGAGUGUUGACUGGAUCUAAGUUGUCUCCUGGUGCUCCCUCUCUGGCCACUGUAGUUCAGAAGAACAAGCUGAAGGAAGCUGGGGGCACGUUCAGGUCAGCUAUGGAUGACGAUGACAUCAAUGAUGUGGCAUCUAUGGCUGGGGUUAACCUGUCUGAGGAGAGUGCCCGUAUCCUGGCAACCAACUCCGAGCUGGUGGGAGCGGUGACACGGUCCUGUAAGGACGAGGCCUUCCUCCAUACCUCCACACUGACCAGAAGAAUACUGGAAAUAGGUAAGAAGUUUGGUGUGAGUGAUCUGGGGCCGGAGGUAGUAAACUACGUGUCCCACGCCUCCCAGACCAGGCUGCAGAACCUGUUGGAGAAAGUCUCUGAGGUGGCCCAGCAGAGGAACAUCAACUUCAAGGAGGACAGUCGGUACGAGCAGACGAGCGACAUGCGUGCCCAGAUCAAGUUCUUUGAGCAGCUGGAUCAGAUGGAGAAACAGAGGAAAGAGGAGCAGGAGAGAGAGAUUCUGAUGAAGGCAGCAAAGUCUCGUUCUCGUCAAGAAGACCCUGAGCAGCUGCGGUUGAAACAGAAGGCCAAAGAGAUGCAGCAGCAGGAGCUGUUUCAGUUGAGACAGAAGGAAGCUAACCUGACGGCGCUGGCAGCCAUCGGCCCCAGGAAGAAGAGGAAAAUGGAGGCUGCAGCCGCUGCAGCUGGAGCUGAGGGCUCAGGGUCCAGUCCCUCUGCGUCUGGUAGUGGUAGUUCAGGAGCAUCCAGACAGUUUAUCCGCCAGCGCAUCACGCGUGUCAACCUCAGGGACCUGCUCUUCUGUUUGGAGAAUGAGAGAGACACCAGUCACUCCCAUCUCCUCUACAAAGGCUUCCUCAAAUAGACACCCAGAGAGCCAGACCAGAGAGCUGUCACCCUAACCUCCACUAAAGCAACUCCCUCAAAUAGGGCUGUACCCUAGAAUUGGAUAAAGAGGACAGUAAUACAACGAUGUCAAGAUUCUCCAGGCCACAGUGAAUGGAGCUAACUAAAGUGACUGGAACGUUUGUCUCCCCUGUAUACUCUGGUUGUCCUUUUGCUCUUCAUCUGGUUCUAGGCUCGACCGCUCUCUCUACACUCCUCCACCUUCCAUCAGAGCAAUCCUGGAACUCUCACAUUUUCUACUGUUUUUAUUUCCUUUUUAUUGACUUUGUUUUAGAAUCCCCUUUUAAUGAAGCUGUAAAUAAAUUAAUACACAUUAUUAUACAAUUUACUUGGAAGGCCAUUUUGUAGUGCGAUUCUACAAAAUAUUCAUAUUCAAUUCAUUUUAUAAUUCUGUUUAUAUGAAAAAAAAUAUUUUUAAUAAUUAAUCAUCAGUGUUUCUAGCGAUUUGUUAAGAACAAUUAUCCUUAUUUUGUUUUUGGUAUUCUAUUGGCCUCUGAAGUAGUUUGAACACUUCUGAUUUCUUCUUGCCUUCCUGACAAAAGAAGCCAUAUAUUUUAAUAUAAUGUUGAACAGCAAAGCAAUUUAUCUAGUGAUUCAUUCUGAAAUCUGAAGCAGUCGAUGUGUCUCUUUAGUGUCUCUGUUUGAGCUUGUCUUGAAUUCAAUGUCUUGUAUUUAUAUUCUGUAAUCAGAUCAAACAUGUUUUUCUUUUCGGUCUCCAUUUGUCUUUUUGAGAUCACAUCUCCUGUGUUUCUGCACGGGUUAAGGUGUGAAAAAUUGUAUUUUAGAGGGAAUGAGUUGAUAGUCUCUACAAUUGUAUUUUAAUGAUUUUAAAAAAUAUAUGCAUUUUUGGGAAAUUUAGGUAUUUGCAUUGAUGAAUUAUUGGAUUUCAACAAUAGUAAAAACUAUUUUAAAAUAGACAAAACUCAAAGACCCCUUUGUUACCACAAAACAACUGUGCACAUGCAUGUAGGAAAUUUUCAUUUUUAUUAGUUUUAUUGGACUGCAUGUAGUAUUCUACCAUUUCUCAAAUAACUUAAUUAUUAUAAAUCAUUGCAUUAUUCUUCUAUUCUGACCCUAGACUUGAUGAUAUUCUGAUGUAUGAAUGGUGAUGUUAUUAUUUUUAAAGCUGUCCUAUCUGUUCUAUAAUCUGUGCUUCUGUUCUGAUGCCCCAUUGGACAGCCCUGGCUAGAGCUCUGUGGUAUAUUUUCCUGAUCACUUUGAUUUUAGAUGAAGAUUUUUCGGUACAUGUUACUUUCCAUAUUUGUCUCUUACAGAGAAAUCAAAGUAAGGGGGAAGCAAUGCAUGUCUCCCUUAUUUCUUGUACAUUUUGCACAGACACUUGUUCAUAUGUAAAUAUUUUACCUAAAGUUUUUUAACUGCAAUGGUUUUGUAUAGGAUUGAAAGAUAAUAAACUCCUUCAAUAUAAGUGCAAA